UUCCGCUGUCGCGAGAGAAAGCGCGAGGCCUGCUGGAACUGUGCGCGGCCAGCCCUAGGCGUGCCCAAAAUGGCAGCCCUGGGAGAAGAGUUCACGUUGUCUGCGGAAGCUCUGUUCGCGGGGCCUGAUGGACUCCUAGGCGUGGAACCUAGCGACAAAACAGACCAUUUUCUAGUGACAGACAGAAGCAGGACUGUCGUCCUCUAUAAGGUUUCUGAUCAGAAACCUUUGGGGAGCUGGUCAGUGAAACAAGGUCAAAUUAUAACAUGUCCAGCUGUGUGCAACUAUCAAACUGGAGAACAUAUUGUUGUACAUGAUAAUAAGGUUUUGAGAAUAUGGAACAAUGAAGAUGUAAACUUGGAUAAAGUAUUUAAGGCUACAUUGUCAGCUGAGGUACAUAAGAUACACUCAAUACAAGGAACAGAACCCUUGGUGCUGUUCGAGGGAGGUGCUGUUCGUGGUUUAGAGGCCUUGCUUGCAGAGCCCCAGCAGAAAAUUGAAAAAGUUAUCUGUGAUGGAGAAGUGAUUAAGUGGACAAAGUUUUUCGUGGUAUUUAGGCAUCCUGUCUUAGUUUUUAUUACUGAAAAAGAUGGAAAUCAUUAUGCGUAUGUACAAAUGUUCAACUCACGAAACUUAAGCAAAUACAGUCUCUUGCUUGGACAAGAAGAAAAAUCUGUCACGCUGAAUUUUACUGCUUAUGUGGAUCGGAAAUUUAUCUCUUUAAUGUCAUUAAGCUCUGAUGGGUGUAUAUAUGAAACCUUGAUACCAAUAUAUCCAGGUGACACAGAAAAAAAUCAGAGAUUAGUGAGAUCACUGUUGCUGAAGGCUGUUGUGUCUGGUAUUACUCGAAAUGGUGUCACACUCACUGCCCUGGAUCAAGAUCAUGUAGCAGUCCUAGGACCUCCACUGCCAUCUUCUAAGGAAUGCCUCUCCAUAUGGAACAUAAAAUUUCAAACACUACAGACUUCAAAAGAGUUACCACAAGGGACUAGUGGUCAACUGUGGUUUUAUGGGGAAAAUCUGUUUAUGCUACAUGGAAAAUGUCUAACUGUGGUUCCAUACAAGUGUGGAUCAUCAUCAUUAGCCGGUGCUCUUGGAAAACUCAAGCAUACUCAAGAUACAGGCACUCAGACCAUGCCCCACUUUGUAAACUGGGAAAUGUCUCAGGGAUGUGGACUUGGAUCCCCAAACUCAGAACAGCCAAGAAUUUUAAGGAGAAAAAAAACUGAAAUAAGUUUACAGCCAGAAGUUCCAGCAUCUGAACAACUUUUAUCAACUAUAAAGAGUGGUUCAGAAAAACACAUUGAAGUAGAACUACGUAAAUUUUUGGCGAAGUGGACACCUGACUUUCAUACUGCGAUUGGGGACAUACUAACAGGACUUUUGGGCAGAUGUAAAGCAGAACCAUCAUUUUAUCCCCAGAACUGUCUGAUGCAGCUUAUCCAGACUCAUGUGCUUUCCUACAGCUUGUGCCCUGGCUUAAUGGACACAGCCUUAGAAAAAACAGAUGUACAGAUGCUACAGCUCUGUCUGCAGCAAUUCCCUGACAUCCCUGAGUCUGUCACAUGUGCUUGCUUAAAAACGUUCUUGAGCAUUGGUGAUGACAGUCUUCAAGGAAUUAAUAUCAACAUGGAGUCAAUUUUUGAUUAUAGUAAUACUGAACAAGAUGAGAAAAUGGAAGAGCAAUCUGAAAUUCUUCGAAAUGGCUUCAAUGCUGAAAAAAACUACAGUAACCAUAAUCGGGACUUAAGUAAAAAGCCUCAGGAUUCAACAGAAGAGACUUCUUCGUGCCCUGUGAUACCCAAAAGGGCAGCUCUGCUUAGAAAUGCCAUUCUUCAUUCAGCAUACAGUGAGACGUUUCUUCUGCCUCACUUGAAGGAUCUCCCCGCACAGGAUAUCACUCUAUUUCUCCAGUAUUUGUACUUCCUUUAUCUGAAGUGCAGUGAGAAUGCUACUAUGACUCUUCCUGGAAUACACCCUCCAACUCUGAGCCAGAUUAUGGAUUGGAUAUGCCUACUUCUAGAUGCUAAUUUUACUGUUGUUCUAAUGAUACCAGAAGCAAAAAGGCUACUGAUAAACCUUUACAAGUUUGUGAAAUCCCAGAUAAGUGUUUAUUCUGAGCUCAACAAGAUUGAAGUAAGUUUUCGGGAGAUACAGAAAUUAAAUCAAGAAAAGAACAAUACAGGAUUAUAUUCAAUUGAAGUGCUGGAACUCUUCUGACAUUACCAGUAUUUCCUUCAUAGACAUUUUAUGAAGCUUUUAUGUGAAUCUUCCACCUCAUCCAGCAAGAAAGGUUUUGUUUGUGACCAUCUCCCAAUAUCAAGAGGAAAGUGUCCGGGCCAGGGAUUUAGCUCAGUGGUUCCUCCGCAUGCCUCGCAAGUGCGAGGUCCUGAGUUCAAUUCCCAACACCAAAAAAAGAGGAAAAUGUCAGUGAGUACCUGGAUCAUCAUGUGUUGAUGUUCCUCGGUAGGAUUGUAGGCUUCCUGAACCUGUUCUAGACCGUAGACAUUGUGGAGAGGAGGUUAUGAACUUUUUAAAAUAUGUGACUGAGCUGACUUUAAGUAAACUUACUUGUAUAUUGAAUUGAUAAAAGUCUAAUUUCUUAUCAUGUGUUUUGAAUAAUUUUUCUUUUAAUAAAAAAGCCACCUUUGAAA